AUAGAAAAGUGUAGAUGAGAAUGGAGAGGAAAGAAAAAAGUAACCCAUUCGAUACUGUUGGUGUUUUCUCUCGUAUAUUUUUCUGUUGGAUUUUCCCAAUAAUGAAGGAAGAAAGCGAGUUUUAAAGGAAGAAGAUUUAUACAAAUGUUCAAAAUAUCACACUUCAGAGUAUCUUGGCGAUCUGCUUCAGAAAGAAUGGAACCAGGAAUUGCAAAAGGAGAAUUCGAGCAUACUGAAAGCUUUAUUACGUUUUGUUGGUUGGAAAUACUUAAUAAUUAUUCUGCUUGUGCUCAUUCAGAUGACAGCAUUAAUUGCAGGCCAAGCAUACUUCGUAGGAUUAAUAAUAAAUUAUUUUGAAAACACAGAGGAACCGAAUCAAUACAAGUUCUAUGUUACUGUUGCGGGAUUUUUUAUUCUACUUGCGAUAUAUUUCUGUAUAUUUAAUAUUAAUGCGUUUAUAACUGAAUUAUAUGGAAUGAAGUUAAAGAUAGCUUUUUGCACUCUUAUAUAUAGAAAGGCAAUUAGGCUAAGUCCUUCGUCACUGGAAAGAUCGAAUGUGGGACAAAUGGUAAAUCUUCUAGCAAACGACGUCAGCAAAUUCCAAAAUAAAGUUAUCUCCCUAUCACUUUUAUUUACAUCGCCUUUUUUCAUCAUUACUUCGAUAGCCAUGUUGUGGAAAUAUUAUGGAUGGACUAUUAUAAUUGGAUUCUUAGUCAUAUUUCUCUAUCUUCCUAUACAAAUUGCUCUGAGUAAAGUAUAUUCAAAAUUGAGAUUACAAGCAGCUGUAUUGGGAGACGAAAGAUUGAAUCUGUUGAACGAGAUGAUUGCUGAUAUGAGAUUAAUAAAAAUGUACACCUGGGAAUUGCCAUAUGCCGCAUUAAUAAAAAAAAUCAGAAUGAAAGAAAUGAAAAAAAUUCGAAUGUUUUUAUAUGCAAGCGGAAUAUCGUAUAUAUUGGCAUAUCCUAUGUCGAAAUUAUUCAUUCUCCUCUCAUAUCUCGCAUUCUUUUUAAAUGGAGGACAACUAAAUGCCGAAAUUAUAUUCGUCACAAUGACAUUUUCAAUGUAUAUCUACAGCAACAUUGCCAAUCUGUUUUCUCAAGCAGUGGGUUUUGUUGCAGAAAUUUUUGUUUCGUUAAAAAGGAUACAGGAUUUUCUCCUCCUUCAAGAAAGAGAAAACAAUGCAGUCAAAACAACAGGAGAAAGUGAAAAUUCAACCGAAUACCAAAUACGAAUAGAUAGUGUCACAGCUGCAUGGAAAAACAAAUUCGAACCAACAUUAAAUGGGAUAUCACUAAACAUCCAACCGAGAGAAUUAUUAAUUGUUAUAGGUCCUGUUGGAUCAGGGAAGUCGUCUUUACUAAUGUCCGUGUUGGGAGAGAUUCCAAUUACUUCCGGUGAAGUGUCUGUAAAAGGAAAGAUCGCUUACGCUUCUCAAGAAGCUUGGGUGUUCAACGCAACUAUCAGAGAAAAUAUAUUGUUUGGAGAAGAAUAUCAAGAAGACAAAUAUAGAAAAAUCUUGCAUAUAACGGCUCUAGAAAAGGAUAUUAGCUUAUUUCCUAAAGGAGAUAUGACAAUCGUAGGAGAGAAAGGAGUGAUAAUGAGCGGUGGACAGAAGGCAAGAAUUAAUUUAGCAAGAGCGCUAUAUGUGGAUGCCGAUAUUUUCCUCCUGGAUGAUCCACUGAGUGCUGUUGAUGUACCAGUGGCAAAACAUAUCUUCGAAAAGUGUAUAAUGGAAUAUUUGAAGGACAAGAUAUGCAUUUUAGUUACGCAUCAAAUACAAUUUUUAAACUCUGCGUGUAAAAUUUUAGCGUUAAAAAAGGGGAAAUGUGAAUUUAUUGGAAAUUUUAAACAAUUGGAAAAUUUAGAAAUGCAUACAGGAAUAUUACAAAAAGAAGAAGUCUCUGAAAACAGCAUUGAUUUAGAGAGUGCGGUUUUUAAUGAUAAUGAUGAUGAAAUUGAAAGUUUUCAAUGUGAUAUGAAUGAUGACAUUGACGACAGAAACAAGAGUAAUGAGGAAACGGAAAAUAACCAAAGUACACGUGACAAUGAAGGAGUCAAGAAACCAAGAAUUUCAGUUUAUAAAUCAUACGUCAAUGCCGGAGCGGGACUUUUCUUCAAGAUUGUUAUUUUAUCCAUGUUAAUUAUAUCGCAAUCUUUUACAAGUACCAGCGACUAUUGGCUAAUCAAAUGGUUGCAAGAUAUAAGAAUUUAUAGCCACAGCAUUGAGAAUGUCGAAAAUAUUACAUCUAACACAAGUAAUGUUCACAACAUUGAAUACAAAAAUUUUUAUCACAGUGAAGAAUUCAACAUGUAUGUUUACGUUGGAUUGAUAUGUGUCGUAUUUCUAACGACGUUAACUUCUGGAUUAUUGGUAUACACAUUCUUUACAAUUGCUUCUUUCAAGCUGCACAACAAUAUGUUUCGUUGUAUCAUUCGAACUCCGAUAUCAUUUUUGGAUAACAAUCCCGUUGGAGAAAUCUUAAUUCGGUUUUCUAACGAUGUUAAAUCCAUGGAUGAUUUGUUACCUUUCUCUACUUUCCUGCUGAUAAGAGGAUAUUUUUUAGUUGUUGGCGCAUGUGUUCUUCAAGCGAUACUCUGUCCUUAUCUAUUUAUAUUGAUUGCUGUCCUUUUAGUAAUGUUCUGUGCUCUGUGGACCAUCUUUAGCCGUGUUCUGAAAAGCGUAAAAUAUUUGGAAGGAAAAUGUGACGCAGGAAGCAAAAUUGGACUUAUACUGAAUUACGGAAUAAUAAUAAUGUUCAUUAUUCAACACCUUAUUGCAUUUACAUCUGAAAUGGAAUUUCAGAUGAACUCAGUAAAGCGCAUUUUGAAAUAUAGCAAAUUGAAAUCGGAAGCCUCGUACGAAAGUUUGCCCGAAAAACGACCACUCUCGGACUGGCCCCAAAGAGGAGAAAUUCAUUUCGAUAAUGUUUCUUUACAAUAUUCCAAGGAUAAAAACGUUGUUUUAAAGAAUUUGACUUUUCGUAUUGGCUCGGGAGAAAAGAUAGGAAUUGUCGGGAGAACAGGAGCUGGAAAGAGUUCUAUAAUUGCUUCGUUAUUUCGCAUGACAGAGCCAACCGGAACAAUCACCAUCGAUGGAAUCGACACUAAGGAAAUCGGUCUUCGAGAUCUACGUAGUAAAAUAUCCAUCAUUCCUCAAGAUCCGAUGUUGUUUACCGGUCCUCUUCGAAGGAACAUUGAUCCCUUCAAUGAAUAUUCAGACGAAACGCUGUGGAAAGUCUUAGAAGAGGUACAGUUAAAAGAAGUUAUUAGUAAAUUACCUGGAGGAUUGGAUACGCACUUAACGGAAGGAGGGAGAAAUUUCAGCGUGGGAGAAAGACAAUUAAUUUGUAUGGCCAGAACCAUUCUUCGCCGGAAUAAAAUUCUCGUAAUGGACGAAGCAACGUCCAAUAUCGAUAAAAGAACCGAUUCCUGUCUACAGAAAAUAAUUCGAGAAAAGUUCAAAUCUUGUACUGUGUUGACAAUAGCUCACAGAUUACAUACAGUCAUCGAUUCGGAUAGAGUUCUGGUACUAGAUACAGGAAAACUACAAGAAUUUGACUCGCCGUAUGCAUUACUGAAGAACGUAAAUGGUAUAUUUUAUAACUUGGUAAAGAAGAUGGGAGUAAUUUCAAUGAAUGAAUUAUACAAAAUUGCUAAAGAGAAAUAUUACUCUAAAGAAAGGGACGAACGAACAAAAGUAUAAAACAAUGGAUUGUUUUCAAUAUAUAUCCGUGUUUUACAAAUCCGGUGUUAUGGUUUUUAUUUAAUUCUGUUCUUAGAAAUAUUAAGUCAUGUUCUUAAACAUUAAGUUAGCCUUUCUGCACAUCAUGUAAAAUAUAAAAUUAAUAAUAUCUAAACAUUUGUGAGUUUAACUGUUAAAUUUAUCUAUGAUAAACAUUACUGACAGUAAUCAGAAGGUUUAAGAGAUAAUGGUUUUAGGAAUACAGUAGAGCCUCGUUUAUCCAAAACCCGAUUAUCCAAAACGUCGGUUAUCCGAAAGAAUUCCAGUUGGCAAAUUUAAAUUUUUGCUAGUGCUGUGGCGCUGCAAUCUUUGGCUAUAUCUUGGGCUACUCCAAUA